AUGGCUGGUCAGAAUGGACCCGCGCCACCCAGAUUCGGCAACCAUCAUGGCCGAGGUCCGCUGCCAAAGCCAGAGAUUGUCAAGCAGGACACUCUACCAGCAUCUCUCUCCAAGCUCAGCACACCGCAAAGGAAGACCGAUCCGCAAGGCAAGACACGCGAUUCCGAUGCGGCUGUAUUGCCCAUGGAGCUGAUCGAGGUCGUGAUGGAGUGCUUGCUGGACAUGCCCACCACCUCCAAACUGACCCCGCUGCUUGUAUGCUCCUCCCUCACCCGCCUCCUCAAACCCAUCGCCUAUCGCCACGUGACGCUCACCAGUCUCGCUGCUCUCCAAUCCUUCCACGCUGCCAUCUCAUCUGCUUCCGCUUCCAAUGGCCCUGCAUCUCGCUCGACAUCCACCAACGAGGGAUCGCUGGCGCGCAAGGUGCGAUCGCUCUACAUUGCCCCCUUGUCGCUAUCUUCGGAUCUGUGGGCCGCGCUGUCGCCUUCUGCGUUGCCCACCAUGCGCACCACAGCCCAGACUCACAGCCUUGUCAGGCAGAUCCUUCGCGCUUGUCGAUCGCUGCAGCAUCUUGCCCUCGAUGGCGCUCUGCUGAACAAGGAAGCAGCGGCGAGCUACGGCACGAGCUGCAAACCUCGCAGCUUGACCAGCGUCAACCCUCACUCGUACGUAGGCGGCUUUUCUGCUCCCAUCUUCUCCAAGUGUACCACGUGCCACCUCAUCGAUGGCAGCCUAACACACGAAGAAGUAAGGGAGAUUAGGGGAAUGGCUGGUGAGUGCGAGUGCGCAGCACGCGGCGAGGCAAUCAGUCAGCUAAUGACAAAGAGGUUUACCAUGCGCCUUGUCCCCUUUCGCCUCCUCAGGCCUGCGUCAUUUCUCGUGGACCUCACCACGUGAGCACAAUUCGGCUCUGCGAGAUGUCGAUGUCAUGCUGCGCAUCCUCACGGGUCCGCAGCCGCCGGGUCACACCUCCCUCGACGCGCUGGUCAACAACUUUCAAGCGUUGGAUAUCACCCCGCUCAUACUUGGAGCAGAGCAAGCUCAGCGCGAUGUUGCCGCUGCCCACAACAGCGAUGUGAUUGAAGACGUCGCUCGGUCGGGGGCACUGGAAGCAGAGCAGCAAGACCGAGAUGCUGCACAACUCACCCGUACAGAUGCCGGUUUCAGGCUUGGCAGCUCCACGCGAGCAGUAAACAUCAAGAGCUUGACCAUGCGCUGUCCAGAGUCUAGGUCGGCGCUCGUAGGCACGCAAUUGCAGCGCGUGGCCGCAAACAAGCCCGGUCUCACGUCCAGUUCACCCUGGGAUCAACGCUUCUCAACGUCAUCUUUCGCCACCACCUCCGACUACAUCGACAGCUCGGCAGCUCACACUCGAGCAUUACAUGCGCCCAGCGGUGUCAUGCUGUGCUCGCAGCCAUUGCCCUCCGAGGAGCUGGUGGAAGAGUGGGAGGCGCUACGAGACACGCUCAAAGAUCCCAUGCUGCUCUACAAUGCCAUGCCUGGUGGCCACUACAGGGUAGCCAGACCACUCACGCCACCCAAAAGCGGGCAGGGUCACGGGGAUGAGCACUCAAGCGACGAUCAAGAAGCGGAGAUUGAUCCGGCUAUGUGUCUGAGGCGGAUCCACAAGGAGUGGUUGAGCGACGUCUUGUCUGGGAAGCUGGAUCGGGAAUCACGGAGCGUAGCGCCCGCCAUACCGGCAUGA